AUGCCUAAAAGAGCUAAAACACCAAAAAUUUCACCAAUGGUAAAAAAGCCUACAAUCAUGAAUAGUUAUGAUGUAGCUGCGACUGAAGUAUGGGUAAAAUGUGGUGAAUGUGCAAAUACUUUAGGUUUGAAUGAAGCUGCCAUAAAAUCAUUUGAAAAUGCUGUUAAUAGAGAUCCUUCAAAUAUAGCUGCAUUAUGCGGUUUAAGUUUAUCUUUAAGAUUGAAUGAUAUAAAUAAUAAUGAAACUUUUGGUUCACAAUCAUCAAUUGAAAGAUUAAAUUCUUCUAUUGAAUCAUUUCCAAAUUUAUUAAAAGAUUCGAAUAUUUUCAAAGAAUUAUCAGAAUGUUAUUUAUUAAUUGGUUUAAAUGAUCAAGCUCAUCAAGCUAUACAAUCAGCUAUACUGUUAUCACCUCAAGAUGCUUCAUUAUGGUUAUUGAGUGCGCAAACUUUAAUUAGAGUUGGUGCAAGAGCUCAUGCAGCAAAUUCAUUGACUCAUUGUCUUUCAUUAUUACCACAAACUGGAAAAUAUUCACAACAAGAUAUUGAAACAGCAAGAGCAGCACAUGCGGAAUUAGCAGCUAUUGCAGCAGCAGAUGGAAACAUAGAAACUUCAAUUGCGGAAUUAAGUUCAACUUUAUCAUUACCUCCGCCACCAUUAUCAAGAAUAGAUGAACAUAUUGCAUUGUGGUGUGCUUUGUCUACAGCUAAGGAAAGAGCCAAUGAUAUAAUUGGUGCUAUAAAAGCUUGUGAAGAUGCUGAAGUUGCAGUUGGUGAUUCUCCAAGAAUUAUAAUGACAAGAGCUUAUUUAUUAUUAUUAUUAAAUCCUAAAGAGAAUUCAGAAAUAGCAAUAAGUUUAUUAAAUAAAAUUGUAAAUUUAGAAGAUGAGAAUUCUAUAAAUGAUGGAACUGAUUUUCUACCUUGGUAUUUAUUGGGAAGAGCUUAUUCAUUAACUGAUAGACCUAGAUUAGCAUAUGAUUCAUAUCAAGUUGCCUUAAGAUGUGCUUCAAACUCUCCAAUUACUUGGUUAGCUGUUGGUAAAUUAUAUUUAGAAUUAAAACAAUUACCAGAUGCAUUAGCUGCUUAUUCACAAGCUUUGAAAUUACAAAUUGAAGAUGGAUCACAAGGUACUGCAACCGCAUGGGAUGGAUUAAGUUGUGUUUAUGAAAGAUGUGAUGAUCAUUUGAUGGAUGCAUCAGAUGCUUGUAGUAGAGCAGGUUCAUGUUUUAAAGCAAUUGGUGAUUUAAAAAAUAGUAAUUAUUUUGAAAUAAGAUCAGAACAAUUAGCAAAAGCUGCCAAAAAUGAAUGUCCAAUACCAGAAUUAAGACAACCACCGGAUGUACCAAGCUUUUUGUUAAGAGAUUUAGUUGCGUUAGCUCCAAAUGAAAGAAUUGCCUACACACAAACACAAAGAACCGAGCAUGUUAAACAAGAACAACAACAUCAACAUCAACAACAACAAGCACAGCAGCAACAACAACAACAACAACAACAACAAGCACAGCAGCAACAACAACAAGCACAACAAAUUCAUCAACAACAGCAAACACCUUCAUUACAACAUCAGCAUCAACAUCCUGCACAACAACAGCAUCAACCGCUGAUACAGCAACAGCAACAACCACACCAAUAUCCUCCACAUUAUCAGCAAUCACCACAAUUAGUUCAACAAGUGCCUCAUCAACAACAACCUCCGCCAACAUCACAACAACAAACACCAUCACAACAAGUAUACAGAAGUGCCCCAGCUACAAACCAACCACCACCACCACAGCAAUCACAAUACUAUUAUCCACCUCCGCCACAUCAACAACAACAACAACAACAACCAGGUCAACCAUAUUAUUACCCUCCACCUCAUCAACAACAACAACAACCGCAAACACAUCAGCAAUCCCCACCACAACAUUCCCAUCCGCAAAUGAUUCAACAACAAGGUCCACCAGGUCCACCACCAGGUGCAGCUGCGUAUUCUAUGGGUGGAGUUCCAGGAAGUUUACCACCACCAGCAGGAGCUUAUGGGCAAUAUUUACCUAUUCCAGGUGGAGUACAUAACGGACCACUGCAAUAUUCAUCACCAAAUUCAUGGAGAAGAUAA